AUGCUAGAUUGUACAGUAGAUUAUGACCCUUUGGAAGAUCUCACUAAUAUUCUCUUUUCCAAGGAGUCCCUGAACAACAUAGAUCAAUUGAUAAGUGCUACCAGAAGCUACAAACAGCAACUACAGGAAGAUAUUCUUGAGGAAGAAACUAGUCUGAAUGCUCCUUCCGGGGACUCCACUGAAAUGGAGGUUUCUCUAAGAAAGGUGUUCCAGGACUUCAAAGAAACUCAGGAUAUCUCGGCAUCCACUGAACUGACAAUAUCGAACCUUACAGAGGGCAUUUCGUACCUGGACAUUGCCAAGAAAAAUCUCACCCACUCCUUGACCCUGUUCCAAAACCUAAAGAUAUUAACCGAUUGCUACAUACAAAGUAAUGAGCUACUCUUGCAAUGCUCGUUCAGGAAAAUGGUUGGCCCCUACAAGAUAAUGUGUUCCCUGGCCGAAAACACAUUCGUCUCUUAUAAGUCUUUGGACGAGAUAAACUAUCUACUGAGCGCCAUAUCGAGACUGAAGGCAGACACCCUAGCCAAAAUCAAGCAAAACUACAACGCACUGUUUUCCAGCGGUAAUGUUCCCGAUCAUGACACAACGCUCUCUUCCGAGCUCCGCGAAGGUGCUUGCGAACUGCUCGACUGCGAUUCCAGCACAAAGACUCAGAUGAUAGACUGGUGUCUGGAUAAACUCUUAUUCGAAAUGAACGAGAUCUUCAGGGUGGACGACGAAGCCGGGUCCCUGGAAAACUUGUCAAGAAGAUACAUAUACUUCAAAAAAAUCCUGAAUAACUUCAACUCCAAAUUUGCAGAUUAUUUCCUGAAGGAUUGGGAAAUGUCGGUCAGAUUGACCACCUCAUUUUACCGCAUCUCCCACAAAGACCUUCAAGUGCUACUGAAAAGAGAAUUCAAGGACAAGAACCCUUCGAUAGAUUUAUUCAUGGCGGCGCUGCAGUCAACACUAGAUUUCGAAAAAUAUAUCGACGUGCGGUUUUCCAAAAAAAUCAAAGAACCGAAACUAAGCUCCUGUUUCGAACCUUACUUGACUCUGUGGGUGUCUCAUCAAAACCAAAUGAUGGACAAGAAAUUCCUUUCCUACAUGAGUGAACCGAAGUUCCCGUCUAAUGAGGCGGAAUCCCUGGUGUUACCCUCAAGUGCGGAUCUGUUCAGAACCUACCGUUCCGUACUGACUCAGACCCUGGAACUGAUUGACAACAACGCCAACGAUGGCAUAUUGACCUCAUUAGCAGAUUUCUUCAGCAAAUGGCUGCAGUCAUACUCUCAAAGGGUCCUUCUUCCCUUGCUGCUGCCCGAUAAUAUCGAAGUACAGGAUAAGCACGAGGCCGCGAAAUAUACCGUUUUACUGAUCAAUACGGCUGACUAUUGUGCCACUACAAUAGAUCAACUGGAGGAAAAGCUGUCUGAGUUUAGCAGUGAUCCCGAAAAGCUUUCAGCCAGUUUUUCGAAAACGAAGAACAUAUAUGAUGAUCUAUUGGCUAAGGGAACUUCCUUCCUACUAAACCGCGUCAUCCCCCUAGAUCUGAAUUUUGUAUGGAGAGAGUUCAAUAACAACGACUGGUCCAACACCAUGAUAGAAGAUUAUAGCAGGUAUAUGGUAACUCUCAAAUCCGUACUGAAAGUGUCCGCAUCUGCACCCCGCGCUUCCGAUAAACAACGACAAGACCAGCCCUCAACUAUGGCCUUUAUUCUGUCCCAAUUCAAUAGAGACGUUUAUAAAUGGAAUUUCUUGGACAGAGUGAUUGAUAUCGUCACUGGCAAUUUCGCAAGCCACACCAUCCGUCUUUUACAACCUAUCCCCCCUUUCCUUCUGGCAGGCGGCAAGAGAAAAUUCGAAACUAAAACAGUCGUCAAUAUUGGGGAGCAACUUCUUCUUGAUUUAGAGCUGCUCAAGGAAAUUUUCCACGCUUUCCCCGAAAAUGUCAAUAAUGAUUCUGAUUUGCGAGAAAACACCUCGUACAAGAGAGUGAAAAGACAUGCAGAUGGUAAUAUAGACCAGCUACUUCGGUUUGUCAAACUACUGGUGGCACCUCUGGAUUCCGCUGAUGAUUAUUAUGAGACAUACUCCAAGUUGACCCAUAGCAACCCUGAUUCAGCAGUGUGGUCCUUUAUUCUGGCCCUAAAGGGGAUUCCAUGGGACAUAGCAUUAUGGAAAAAGCUAUGGGGUGCGUAUAACUUGGAGACCGACGAUAAUGAUGAAGCCAGUACGCCGGAAGGUAGUCGUGACAUUUUUGUUUUCAAAUGGGAUAAAGCACUCUUGGGGCAGUUUGAAAAUAACUUGUCGAGAAUUCAAGAUCCGACCUGGUCGAGAUUUGUGAGGCAAGAUUUAAAAAUAUCGCCACUCGUCAUGAAGAAAAUAGUAUCCACCCCACAAAUGCAACAACAUAAGGAAGAACAGAAAAAGCAAAGCUUAAGCGUCAAAGAUUUUGUCACCAAUUCGAGGUUUUUUAGCAGAGGCACCUGA